AUGGAUAAAUCAUGGAUUUCCUCUAAUAGAUUAUCAAAUGCAUAUGAUGAAGGUGUGAAUGCUUUUCUAGAGUUUGCACAAAGUAAUAAUCCAAAGUUAGAUGUUAUUCCAUGCCCUUGUGUAAAUUGCAUCAAUUUGUGUCACCACUCAAUUGGCAAUGUCUGUUAUCAUUUGUUUGCCCACGGCUUCGAUGAGAAUUAUAAGAUUUGGUCUUUCCAUGGAGAAAAACAACCCAAGAGUGAUUCUAGAUGCCCUAACAAUUCCAUUCCUCUUGAUGCUAUUUAUACAAAGGAUAUGCUACAUGAUGCCUUCAAAUAUGUAGACGAAGAACUUGAUUCGUUGAAAUCACUUCUUGAAGAAUGUGAUAAGCCACCUUAUGUAGGGUCAAAGUAUAAUUCACUUAGUGGAUUAUUGAAAUUCCAACAUUUGAAGGGUCAGUUUGGAUGGUCUGAUGCUAGUUUUGAUGCUUUGUUGUCUGUCCUAAAAGAUAUCUUACCAUCAAACAAUAUCAUCCCUAGCUCGAUAUAUGAGUCCAAGAAGUUGCUAAAAGGAGAGCACGAUUUUAUGCCACAACCAUCAUCAGGUGAAGAUAUUUAUGACUAUCUGGUGGGAUUUGAGACUACAUGGGGUAAGAAGAUAAAGUCAAAGAAGGUAGGAUCAAAGAAGAUAAAGUCAAAGAAGGGAGUGUCAAAGAAGGAAACGCCAAAGAAGGAAAAGUCAAAAAAGAAAAAAGAAAGUAUCGACGAGAGAUCUAAAUUUUGGCAUAAAAAGUCAAUAUUGUUUGAACUUGAAUAUUGGAAGAAGUUGCCUGUUCGCCAUCAGUUAGAUCUCAUGUACAUACAAAAAAAUGUGACCGAUAGUCUUUAUUGGACGGCGUUGGAUUUGCCUCACAAGACGAAGGAUGGAUUAAAAGCACGACAAGAUCUUGAAGCGUUGGGCAUUAAGACUGAAUUACGACCUCAACCAAAAGGGGAUCGACAUUGGAUUCCGCCUGCCAAGUACACAUUGAAUUCCGCAGAGAAACAUCUAUUUUAUGAUACACUGUCUAACAUAAAAGUUCCUCAUGGGUAUUGCUCUAAUUUCAAGAAUCUCGUGUCGGAUGAUGUUUCAAAGAUGAAUGGUUUGAAGUCUAAUGAUUGUCAUGUACUAAUGCAACAAUUUCUCCAUUUUGCAAUCAAAGGGGUGUUAGAUGUGAAGGUACGGAGAACAAUCCUAAGCCUGUGA